CAUCUUUUCUGCUUCACUUUAACUCCUUGUGUCUUGUUUAGCCUUUGAACUUUCUUUUUAAUAAAUUCAGGGCAGCUUCACAGUUGAACUCAUCCAGGAGACAAAACUUGUAAAAGGAACCGGUGCUUUUCAUUCACGCUGAGACAACUGCAGGGUCUCACCUGCACGCCUGCAGACUGCGCAGAGGAACGUCAGCAUGCCGACCGUUAAGAGCAAGAAGAAGAAGGUAAAGAACGAGGUCAUUGAUGCAGAGGAGCAGGGAGAAGCAGGAACCGAGGUGGAGAUGGAGACUAGGACCAACAGGAGUAACUCUGACAGCAAGGAACCUCUGAGCCCAGACCUGCAGGAUGCAGCACCACAGAAGAAGAAGAAAAAGAAGAAGACGUCAACCAUUGACCAAGAAACGGAGCAUUCUGACGUUCCAAAUGGGAACUCUGCUGAGCCCAUCAUGGACAGAGAGGAACCCACGGUGGCCGUCACCAGGAAGACCAAAAAGAAGAGGAAGCUGAAGUUGUCCGAGCAUCACAGCAGCGACCUGGGAGCUGAAGAUGAUGACAUCGUCUCCCAAACUCAGUCUCCCAUCCCACAACAUUCCCUGUUCUCUGCCCCUCACGCACACAGCCAGCCACCCGCAAAAGUGUUUGUGGAGAGGACCCGGCGUUUCCAUGCAGAGCGAGUUGAGCAGCUCCGACAGUCAGAGCUGACAGACGACUACAUGGACCCCAGACAGAGCUGGACCACCAGAGACGUGGCUUUGAAGGUCCAUCAAGGCUUCAGAGUGAUUGGUCUUUUUUCUCAUGGAUUCCUUUCCGGCUACGCAGUGUGGAAUAUUACUGUUGUGUAUGUGUUGGCGGGUGAAGAGAUGACGACGCUGCCCAACCUGCUGCAGCAGUACCAUCCCCUGGCCUACCCAGCUCAGUCUCUGCUCUACCUGCUGCUGGCCAUCAGCACUGUGUCUGCAUUCGACAGAGUGAACCUGGCUAAGACCUCUAUGGCCCUCAGAGGCUUCCUGACUCUGGACCCUGUAGCUGUGGCUUCGUUCUUGUAUUUUACAGCCCUGAUCCUGUCCCUCAGUCAACAGAUGACCAGUGAUCGCAUCAACCUCUAUCCCAGUGCCAACCACACUCUCUGGCCUCCGGGUUCAGAACACCAGGUCCUGCGUCCGUGGAUUGUGGUGAAUCUGGUGGUGGCGCUGUUGGUUGGUGUGGCGUGGGCCGUUGUUUCCACGAGGCCAGACAUCGACUACACAGAAGAGUUUUUAAUGACAAUGGAGGUGGAGGGAUACCCGAGAGGAGAGGAUAACCUGGACAUUCCUGCCUAAAACCACAUUCUCCAGUCACUUCCUGACUUCAAACCAGACCUCAUGUUCAUUUAUGUGCAAGUAUUAAUACAUGUGUAUUUAUUUUGAUGUGUGUGGUUUUAUAUAUAAAUAAAGAACUAUGUAC